UCGUUCUAAUGAUUGGAGUUCACCUUGCAUGUGCGCUGCUGUCACUCGUACAUUAACGAUUCGAUCACUUUCGUGUACGUUUGUCGAGCGAAACAUACGAGCCCGCAAGGCCCCCCCAGGAUUCACGCCGACCUAUCAGAAGUCGAAUGUGAGGCUUGACGUGAAACUUUCGCCUCUUAGAGGAUUAGUCUCGCGUUACAGAGUAUCACUGACCACCGACUUGAAACUUUCGCGGAAACAACACCAUAUGACCCGUUUUGCGACCGCAAGGCUCACGACGGGUUGUAGGAAUAAAAAUCUCAUCAUAUCUUUUGCUCAUAUUUAUACACAGCAAGAACAAAGCGAAAUGGUUGACAUCAAGUAUUUGGGGGUCUGGCACAGAUGGUGGGGUUUUCGGAUUCCAAUCUGAUGAAACGCACCGAGUCAGUGCAAAGGUUGGCCUAUUCUUCUCACCAAGUGUAAGUGAGGCACAACAUCGCUACGAAAAACUAGCUCCUUCUUCACUGGGCACGAAGGGGAAUAUUUCUCAUUCGGGGUAUCGCGUCGUGUUUGGAGUCAAACGUACCCACAGGAGCGGGAUUUCCACACGAGUGUGCUAUGGCCAACGAUCAGGCCUACCACGGGUCAAGGCACUAGGUAGGAUUAUGGCAGGAUGUUCCUCGGGAACACACGAGUAAGCAUUCGUACAUAACGCUGAUUGUCCCUGUGAGCUCGAUAUGAGCUACCCGCUUUCUUAAUAUACCUUUGGGCAGCUGGUCUGGCAUCAAACGGGAACGGGUGGAGUACGCCGUUGACAAUAUUCUCAUAACCUAUUUGUAUUCGACCAAGCAAUCAAUACUGAGGCUCUUUAAUAUUCCCGAAAUGAGAUAAGGUAUACGCUAUCAAACACGCCGUCGAUUCCAAUCCAGAUAAAUCUACCAUGAGCCCGAAGCCAUAUGGCGAUGCAUACGCACGAGCAUCCACAAAGUACGACGCGGACGAUACUGCUUCGAUUCUCUCCAUGACCGAGACCUUACAAUAUUCGCAGUAUCAGGCAUACCACCCAGGGCAUGAGCGUAACAUCCCAUCCAACAGUACAGACGCAAGUCGGCCACCAUCAUGGAUUCUUUCUGCCAUGAAUCUUCAGCAGUCUCUACCACCAGAGCAGAUGGCGGACCCUCCUUCACCUUCCAUUUCUGAGCCAGAGCGUUCGCCAGGGAUGAGACCAUCGAUUUUUGGAACAAGAGACUUGCCUCAAAUACCGUACCAGGAGUCUGUUGCAUGGGCGAACUCGACACGCUUUAAAUCUACAGCCGAGGAUCGAGCUCCCAUAGGGACAAUCCAAAAGCUCGAACCUACGAACAUCAAUCAUUUUCAGCGGGAAACUUAUGUGCGAAAAGACUCUCGGCAAUACUUUAGGAGUCCUCGCCACAUAAACGAGCCUUGGAAGUCCGGGACGUGGAAAAGAUUUCCAAUAUGGGGAUUCGGCGCUCUCUUCAUGGUCUUACUAUUCACUGGAGCAUCUAUCGGUAUCCUUGUUGGUAGCAACGGCAAAACAAAUGAGGACUGGAAGAUUGGAGGUGACAACGCUCAGCCUCAAGUUUACCUUUCCGUUUUCGAGAUGGUCAUGAAUCUCCUCACCUUUUUCGCUCUGGCAGAUGGCAUGGUAAUAAGGUACUGGUGCCAGCUACUACAUGGUACCACACUCUCCGCUAUGCACGAUACCUACGAAUCCGCACAGAUCUGGCCAGCCAUGAAGCGAAUCGCAACGCUGCGGUGGAACGGCGUAGCAGUUGCCUGUGUAUCAACCGUUGUAUCUCUAGCCCGUGGGCCCUUGUUCCAACGUGCCGUAACCAUGACUCCAUCGAAAACCUCCCUUCCAACAUAUACCAUCCACGUACCACUCAUUGCUGUUGGUACCUUCCUCUCGUUCCUGAGCGUUAUUGCCAUUGCUCCUCUCUAUCAAGGUUUCUGGCAGUUAGGCCGGCCCGUAAGCCUGAACCCUCUGGAGAUCGCGCGGGCGUUUGGUGCACCGUUGUUGAAGGGACUGGACGCGAACGCGACGCCGGAAAUGAUGACGGUGGAGCGCGGUGGGAUGGGUAUCAAGUAUGGGACACUGGAAAGGUAUGGCGAGGGCAAGGAUUUGAGGAUCGAGGAGAUGAGUCGGACGAAUAUCCGGAUGCCUUGGGAAGGGGAAAUCUUUGUUUGA